ACAGUGAUUAAUUAAGGACAUCAACAUAAGCCAUGGAGAAUCUUCUAGGCGGUUUUCGCAUUUUGCUGGUUCUCAUUUCAGCGCACGUUGCUAGCGCUGGUCAGUGCUGCAAUGCUUACUAUGACAUCACGUUCGAGUACCACGACGCCCAGUGGUGCAGCUCCUACUGCUGCGGUACCUCCACGUCCGGUGGGUUCCUUUCAACAUCCGUGGGGGUCCUCGAAUGUUGUGAUAACUUCCUGUUGGCAGCCAGUUCUGAAGACACCUCGUCGGUUUGUCCGGACUUUUUUCUUCAAAACACUUGGGCGCCCAUCCUGAUCGCGUUUGGCGGCCUUGGAUCCCUGAUCUGUAUUUGUGUAGUGGUAGCAUGCUGUUGUCAGGGUGGCACUCACAGAGGCGCUGUAGUCCAGCCUGCACAACCGCAGAUCGGUUUGAUAACGAUUGCUGGAAGUAGCAAUCCCCAACACUCACAAUGCCCAUAUGGAGUCCAGCAGUACCCUCCAGGCGCGUACCCACCCGGGAACCAGGCUCCCGGUUACCCGCCUGGAGCAGCCUACCCGCCACCCGAGUACGGAGCAGGGGCCCAAAGUGCAUUUCCGCCCAACCAGAGCGCUUGACAACCAUUGGAUGCAGGCGCAUCAUAAUAUGCUACGUGUAUUCAUAUAGAAUAUAUUAGCAAUAUUUGUCGUUCCUAUUCAGACUUAAAGUGCCAUAAUAUAUAUGCAUAAUUUCUGUGAGCGUUUCUUGCUGAAAAGUGUGAGCGUUUUAAAA